AUGUUUUCUUUCUUUACCGUCCACACUCAGAACUUGGCAACGGAAGUCGACUGCAACCUCCCGAGUUACUUUCCGGAUGGGCACAAGGUCUUCUGUCGCUGGGACAAGCAAGAUGUUCCGGCACUGGCGCCGGAGGCACGUCUUGCCCGGUGCGCCCAACGAAGAUGCUUGGAAAUCCAAGUCAGCGGCACCUGCUGCUACGAUUGGUCAGCGAUGAACCAGCAUGCCCUCAAGUCCAAGGGUCCAUCGCAGAUUUCUUUCUUUUGGUGGAAGGAGGGCCUGAAAGCCCACCAGCCGGACUUGGUCUUGCACGAGAAUGUCCUGAGGUUCCAGGUGGAGCAUCUCCUGGAGGGGAUCGAAGACUUGUACACUGCCUUCGAGUUCCGCAUUUCACCGUGGCUUGGCGCAAAAGAAAUGUAUCAUGUGAUUCUGUCGAGUACCGAGUGCACUGACGGGCGGCCCAGGCGUUUCACAGCUUUAGUCCAUCGUCGAUGGCACUGUUCCGCUUCGCAGGCCGACUUUGAUUUUCAUUUCGGCGCUUGUGCGUCCAUGACGGGCAGCGAUCUGCUGGCCAUGCCACCAAGCAUUGUGCAGGAGUACUUCCGAAACAAGCUUCGUCAGAAACACUGUCACACGGAAGGCCUUCUGACGUCAUCUGAUUUCACAAAGGUGCUGACUCCGCGGCAGAAAGGCGUUCUGCAGAAGUUUCAGGAGCUCUCUGCCAACGCCGUGGGCGACCUGGAGGACGACUUCUUGGUCGACUUGUCCCAGACCGACGAGUGGACCACGGCCUCAAACGAUGCUCCAUGCCUCCUGCGCGGAUCCUUGAUCUGGAGCCACAAGCUGCAGCGCACGGCCUUGCCAGCAGAACAUCUGCUGCUGCAAGGCAUCCCGUUGCUGCAGGACAACAGUGCCUGGAAGAAGUUCGUGUUUGACAAA